CGGCGAUCCUCCACCCUUUCUGUCAGUUUCUGUCUUUUCUCUACUCUGUACUAUCAUGCCACUACAGUACUCUCUAAUAAGUAAUAGUCACUCGUUCACUCGUUACUCUCUCCCUCUUGUUCUCUCGCUGAGCGUCUGUACAUAUUCCAACAGUGUCGCAUCUGUGUUUCACCGUCCGGGCACCAUCUGACUCGCUAUCGGUGUUUCUAACAGACUACUUUUAAUAACUGUCGUUCGCACAAUUCUCUUCUAAUUUGAUUUUUACACCUGACAUCGGCAUCGACAUCGACAUCUCUCAACAGCCAGAUCAUUGAUCCUGUCCGCAUCCCCGGAUAUCGCAUUGUUGACACUGUCGAUCGUGAUUUUCAAGACGAUCAAUAUGCGCUUCUUUGUGUUUUUCAGUGUGCUGUGCAUGCUGUUGGGUGUGGUUGCUGGUUAUCAGGGGAAUUCGGGGGAGAUAGCAAGACGAGAUGACACCACUGCGGCAGAAUCAGCAACCACCGGCGACGCUGCCUCUACCACCGAAGCCCCUGCGACUGCGACCGAUUCUGACACUGCCUCUGUUACCGAUGCUACCGAAUCCGCGAGCCAAAGUGAUGCGACCACCGGUACAAACACAAACACCCACACCGCAACAGGAACCGCCUCCAAUACCAAAUCCUCCUCCUCCAACAGCACCUCCAUCGACCCCCGCAUGGGCGUCGGCGGCAUCUCCAUGCUCACCCCAACCCAAGGCGCAACAUCAUACUACAAAAUCGGCGAAAAGGUCACCUUCGCCUGGAACUACACGUCUCUCGCGGUGACCCCCUCUGCCGUCAACGUCGUCGCCUCGUGCAGCAUGAACGACGCAACCUACACCAUCUCAAACAACAUGAGCGUCGCGGAGACGGGAAAAGUAACCUGGGACACGGGUAAGUAUCAGGCGAAUGCGACGGUGCCAUUGCUCACGGCGACGUAUACGUUGGUUGUUUAUGAUGUGGAUGGGGAGAUUGGGGAUACGGCUAGUGCGGGGAGGUUGGGGAGUCAGAAUCAGUUUAGUUUCGGGAUGUAUGUGCCGCAGGCUUAUACGCCGUUGAAUGAAUACAAAUGCGCAACAUGCAACGGUGCCCUCCCUGAACUCGAUGGCCAUGCUGUGCGAUUCGCCAUGGGAAUGGUUACCCUUACGGUACUCAGUUUUACGUGGUUUGCUGGUGGAUAUGGUGUUUUUGCUGUUUGACGCUUUCUCAGAUUUAUGGUGAUUACGGCAUGGCGUUGUAAAUGAUGUUAUGGAUUUGCAUGGUGCAUAUAAGUUAAGAUAGUACAGCAGCAUUAAUGGCAUAUAGCAACUCGGUUCAUUUAGAAUUGUGGGUUUACCGGCUGUAGGUAUGAGUAUGGAGGACCCUGUCUCAUGCACAUGCUGCACAUAACCG